GAGCAGCGUGCAGGUAUAGCUCUGCUGGUUCCCAAUCUGGGAGCAAAGACCCACAGCUGGCCUCAAGGUAACUGUCAGGGUCCCACGUCCUCUGUGCUUUUACUUUGACAGUGCUAAGAGGAAGUGGGCGUUUCAUGUUUCAGCUGGUAUCAGGCUUAGGGUUUUAGCAGUGUGAGCAGCAGUGUCUCAUUGGCCCUGUAUUGAUCAGCGAUCGUGAUGGCUAAGUGGGGUGAAGGAGACCCUCGAUGGAUAGUAGAGGAGAGAGCUGACGCCACCAACGUCAACAACUGGCACUGGACAGAGCGAGAUGUGUCCUCCUGGUCCUCGGAGUGCCUCCAUCAGUUGCUGCACGGUGUGCAGGUGGAGGGACCUGAGGGUGUCUGCCAGCUGACCGAAGUCACUAAGCUGGAGGGAGAAGCUUCCAUCAAUAACCGCAAAGGGAAGCUCUUCUACUUCUACGAGUGGCAGCUGAGACUCAGCUGGCUGAGUCAGUGAUCUCACUGAUGAUGUCGUCCAUCCAUUCAUCAUGGGAGACCAUCUAAAUUUGGUUCAUGUGACUGACUUUAACCUUCACGUAGAUGCUGUAGAUAUGGGGUCUCAAACUCACAACCCAGGGGCUACUUGCUGCCCCGUAUAUUGCCAGUUUGAUCCUUGAAGUGACUUUUUUUUUGUUAAAAUAAGUUAUUUAAAAAGCCAAAAAUGAUUUAAUAUGAAGGCAAUAUGAGCAGAGAGUACAAAUAUGCUGAGGUAUUGGCUCUGUUAGUUCAGUGAGAGAGUCAAAAACUAAUGUGUACACUUAUGUCUGCAUAUUUGUUAAAUAUGAACAAAAUGAUAGUAGAAGUGCUGCCAUGUGUCUGGCCAGGUAGAGAGUACUGGUGUGUUUAUUUGGUGGUUCAAUGAAGGGCUUCAGUUAAGAGUGAGAAAAAAACGUUUUGUCUUGUUAUACAAUAUUUGAAAUUUAAAAAUACAACACUACAUUUUAGAAAAUAUUUGUGGGUGUUUUCUUAUUUGUUUGUUUUGUAUUACUUGAACACUGAAGUGGCCCUCCAAUAAGAUGACAGUGCCAGCAGUGGCCCAUAGCUCAUUUAGGUUUGAGACCCAUGCAGUAAACCUUUCAGCCAAAGUUCUUCUAGAAGCACGUCGCACAACGUGGCAGCUAUCAUGAUGAUAACUCUCGGAGCAUGUUUGAGCAGUUAUUUUGAAAUAUUAUCAGCAUUAACCCUACCUUCAAUGGUCACUGGGGAAAAACUGUAAAGAAUCUUCAUUAUGAGUGUUGAAUAGUCAGAUGUUCCAGCUUUACUUUUAUUGAGCAACAAACUAUUUUUCCUGGCUAAAUGAAGAUCUUCUAAAUCAGCAAGACACCAUUUCCUCUUUAGCUCACAGGUUAUCUGGUUGAAAAUGCACAUUAUUCAUUUAUACCAGGGAGUCAAGUGCUUUUGAUUUCAGUCUUUCUUUUUCAGAGUCAGGUAACACUUUAAACAAGAUAAUCAAUCUCUAUGGGAGUAGAGUUCAAGCAGUGGCUCUGCAUUGUGUUGGCACAUGGUAUUGAAAAAAGAUAAUACUGAAGAGUUCUUCCCCACUGCUGUGUAAGCCAUUAUUAUAAACCAGAAGUCUUUGCUGAUGAUAUUAAUUAUAACUACUAAAUCUACUCUUAUCCUUAUAUGAAAGGUUUCAUUUUGACUCAGUGUCACCCGCUCUGGCCCUUGGAAUACAUUUGACUAUGACUGCCAGAAUCUCUAGCCACGUGUACAGCGGGGAUUUUAAUAUAGGGUUGCUCUUUUUCUGUAGUGCCAACUGUUUUCUGUGUGCAGGGAUGUCCUGCAGGGGAGUGAAGUUCAGAGGAACUAUUGAUGUGUCCAACCUGUCUGACAAGAAUGACGAGGACGACCUGGAUAUCUGCGUGGCUCUCUGUAAAGACCAGCCCAACACACCUCUCCUGGACCUCAUGAAGACCUCCGGCGUCCAGGAGGUUCGCAGGGUUCUGGGCGAGUAUGUCCAGCGGCUAAAAUCAGAGUUUGGUCAGGGAAUGAUUCUUCCCACCACCAACGCACUGAAGCAGCAUUCAUCUGUGUCGACCAAGAAGAAUGAGGUUAAGACCAAUAAAACCCAAAUUAUCCCCGCCCCCAAGUGCUCCUCCAGUACCGCCCCCUGUCCCACAGGUGAUCGUAACCAAACCUGCAGUUUCGAUCUGAAAGAAACAUUCCAGACCAACGCUCAUGAACUCUACAGGACAUUCAUCAGCCAAGAGUUCAUGCAGGUAUUCACACGCUCAUCAGCGGUGGUGGACAGUUGCUGUGGGGGGAAAUUCCAGUUGCUGGAUGGGAGCAUCAGUGGACAGUUCACACAGCUGGUGCCAGACAAGAGGAUUGACAUGAAGUGGCAGUUCAGGACAUGGCCCAGCAACCACUAUGCCUCCGUGAGCCUAGAGCUGGAUGAUCGAGGAGACGACACAGAACUGAGGUUGGAGUGCCGAGGAGUCCCUUUAGGAGAAGAGGACUCCACCAGAGAGGGCUGGACCCGCUUCUACUUCCGGGCCAUCAAGCAGACAUUCAGAUACGGAGAGACUCCAAACCCUGGAACUCAUCUGACAGACGGAGAGGAGGUGGUGGUUAGAAUGAACUGUUAAAGGAACAGUAACACAAUUCCUGUAUCAAAGAGGCACCAUGUGACUCCCAGACUAAAAGGAACAAUGUACCCAAGAGGUUCCAAUCAAAGACUUUAAAAUCUUCUUUUAAGCUUUGACUUGGGAUGUUAAUAAACAACUUCUCUCCA